AUGCCCUCAAUUAUAAGUAACGACGACGAUAAUGACACAAACACUACAGCGACAGAAACAGGAACAGGAGCCAGUGCCAGCUCCAGCUCCAGCUCCAGCCGAUUACGUCGAUUAGACAAGUUGGUCAUUGACCAAUCAUCCCUCCUUGAUGAAGAUGAUCAAAUUGACUAUAUCAAUCACCUCAAUAACUACAACAUGAAUCAAUAUCACAAAUAUCGCAAAUUACUCAUUUAUUUCUACAUAAUCCAAGUAGUAGUCAUUAUAUCGUUGAAUUUCAUCAAAACGGAUGUGCAUGACAAAUCAUUGUUGUUGCUCGCUUUGGUUUCGGUAGUUCUCAACCUUAUAUCAAUACAAGAACAACAGCAACACCAGUACAAUAUCACGCUUUUUGAGAGAACGCUCAAUUUGAUGACGUUGGUUAGCUUGACCAAUGUGUUAGUUCUAAUCCAAGUGCUUUAUGUUGAUUUCAUCAAGGCGAAAGUCUAUUACUUUGCUGCAUUGAGUGUUUGUAAUUAUGCGUUGCCCCAAAUGCAACGAUCGACAUUUAAUCAAAUUGGCGAAGCAGUGAAGGAGUUGGAUAGGUUGAAGUAUAAGUACAAGAAUGUAUAG